UCGGGUAGGACCGGCCGGGCGGAGCCGGGCGCUGUUCUCCUCUAGAUCACCCGGCGUCCGUGCAGUAGACGCGGGGAGCCAUGGCUCCGGGGAUGGCCGAAUGUGAAGUUUGAGCGGCCCAGACCCCUGCACCCCUCGCGCCGCCCCGGCAUUCCACAGUGAGCCGGUCGGCAUCGCUCCCAAGACGCCCUAGUCACGACUCAUCACCCUGCUGCCAUGGGACGCAGGAAGUCCAAACGGAAGCCGCCCCCCAAGAAGAAGAUGACAGGCACCCUGGAGACCCAGUUCACUUGUCCCUUCUGCAAUCAUGAGAAGUCUUGUGAUGUGAAAAUGGACCGAGCUCGAAACACUGGAGUCAUCUCCUGUACCGUGUGCCUAGAGGAAUUCCAAACACCCAUCACGUAUCUGUCAGAACCAGUGGAUGUGUACAGCGAUUGGAUAGAUGCCUGUGAGGCAGCCAAUCAGUAGCAAUGUUGAGGACCCGCCCCCUCAGCAGCCCCCCCACCUGCUGUGGACCCAGCCUGCUGACUACUGAACCAGAGACAUUCCAGAACUCCAGGGUGCGGGUCCAGGGCUGGGACAGCCCUUUGUGUGUGUGGAGUAGGCGUGAGUGAAUGGGUGUGAGUGGCCAAAUGUGGCUGCAUAUGGCUAUGCUUAAAGGUGGGGUGGAAGUGAGGGCCUGCUAGGUCUCACCAUGUAGCCUACAAUGGCCUCAAAACUCCAGAACCUUCCGCCUCACAUGCUCCAGAAGCCUUUGGGCUGUUCCUUUCUCCAGCUCUCCCCAUACCCCUAAGCUUUGGGGUCCUGGCUUCUCUGGGGACAGUGUCCUGACAUCCAAGGCAAGGGAUAGCUGCGGAAGCUCUUGAACCUUCUUGGCCACCUCACCAGCACCUUGUCCUCAGGAAUGGAACUUCCUGCCUUCUAAGCCUCCUGAUAUUUGUACCUUGGGAGUCAGGGCUGCUGGCCCCCAUGUCCCUUGGUUGGACUUUACGAUGGAGCUAACUCCCAGUGCUAGCACGGGCACCCCAUUUCCUGUUCAUUUGCCUUCCUAGAAGUAAGGGCAGGAUCAGGGACAGCUGUCACUCACAAGCCUGUCAAUAAAGCAACCUGUAUGAACUGGC